UGGGCGCGGGCGCUCGCUGCGGCGCCAGUUGGAUCCGCUCGUAUUUGGCGCCCGAAGCGUCGGGAGCUGGGCCGGCCUCAGCAGGGGUUUGCGGCAGCAGGAGGAGCAGCUCUGUUCCUUCCCCCGAGGAAACGAGUGCCGCCCUGGUUUCCCCCCGCGCUCUCCCUCCCCACGCGGCGGGCCUGCAGACUUUCCUCCCGCGCUUGAUUUGUGCGAAGGAAACACGAGCACGGGCCACGACGAGAACAGCCCCGCCGUUAGAUGCCCAGGAGCAGCACAAAUGGGCAGAAUGAGGUUCACCCUUCAGUACCCAGUCUUUGUCUAGAGAGUUCUUCUAAUCUCUAGACAUAGUGAAAUAGUGGGAUAAUUAGAUACAAUAAUAAUGGAACCUGAAGUUUUAUUCGAGAUUUCAAGAAUAUUAAACACUGGCUUGGAUAUGGAAACCUUGUCUAUUUGUGUGCGGCUUUGUGAACAAGGGAUAAACCCAGAGGCCUUAUCCUCUGUUAUCAAAGAAUUACGUAAAGCUACAGAAGCGCUGAAGUUCUUCUAUUUCAUCUUUGAGGUGUGGGAACCAGAACUGAGCACUAUAUACAAGGCUGCUGAAAAUAUGACAAGUUGACUUCAUGUGUGAAUAUCUGCUGAUGAGAGAAAUGUCAAGCUCUAGAGUUAGCAGAGGAUUUGAAGACUGGCUGCUGUUCAGAAACACACUAAUUUUUUUCUGUAUCUGAAGGUUUUGGAACAUUCCUGUAAUCUUUUUUAAAAGGAAAAGAAUGAGAUACAAAAAUGUAAACAUCAUGAGGAGUUUAGAAAUGGCUAUUGAUGGGAUUAUCUCAUGGUUCCUCAUUACUUACCACUUUCCUUUUUUCUUUUUACUAGUAGUGUUUGGAAAUAAUACAACUUACACGUGUUCCUUAUAAAUUGGAGGCUUCAUUUUAUAAACAGUCAAGUAGUGUACGAUCACUGAACGCAGCAGAAAAUGUAUAGAAACUUCAUCUAUGUUAAUAUAUUAUGUAUGACUUGUUAACUUUUCUAUUACAAAUACUAAUGUUGAAUGACUUGUGCAUUACAGUUUAGAUGGUUUAUUUUGCACUGGUCUGAAAUUUUAAAAUAUUACUUCAUGUGUGCUUUUUAAUUAAUAAACUGUAAUUUAAACAUAUUCCCAAGUUUCCUGUUAACUAUACAACAGUGAAAAAUUAUUUUCACUUCACUUUCAAAAUGAAAUUUAAUGUACGUAAAGCCAAUUAUUUGGCAUAUCACUAAUUCAUUUUGUCAACUGCAUAAUUUCUUAUUUAAAAAUUGUGAAUGAGCUGAAUUCAGUCACAAAACAGCUAUGGAAUAUAUAGUUUUAUACUGAGUAUUGUAUUGAUUUCAUUGCUGCUUUAUUUAAUUAGAUUCAUAAUUCCAACCUUGGCAAACCUUUAAAAUGUAAAUAGUGUUACCUUCAUCCUAGUUAGUCUAAGUAUACCGGAGUUGCAUUUGGAGAAGGCCAAAUACCAUCUUUAAACAUGGUAAGAAGAUUGUGCUAUACAUUUGGAACUAUGUACUCCCUUCAAAGUAGAACAUUUACUGUUAUCACACUGGUUUUACCCUUUAUCCCUCUCUUUUUUUUUUCUUUUCUUGUAUCUUUGUGUCACCAGUUCUUCUGUCAUCAAUUCCUGCACCUUUCUCGUUUUAUCUGUUAAACUGACCAACUGUGAAACAGUUAGUCCUUAUGAAGAAGAAUUUAGAGUAUUCCCAUUGAAAUGAGUAGGAUGCAGUAGAUUAUUCUAUGGUUUAUUGUUUCAAAUUGUCUACAGAGUCAGGAAGAAAGCCUUCCAAAAGUACAGCAAUGCAGUGUUAUUUUUGCAAUCUGGAGGCAUGGCGGGGGGGAGGGGGAAACUUGAUUUCUUGAAAAUAUGAAAGCUUAUAUGCUGUACAAUCAAAAUAAAUCAUUUAGGUCACAUGCAUUAAGCAGACUUUUUUUGUUUUUUCAACUGCUGCAUAAAAACAUGGAAAAAAGGAAAACAUGUUUGUUUUAAUAGUAAUUUGCAUAAUUUAAUGUUUGCUUCCAGUUGCCUGGGUUACAUAAACCUUUUGUUUUUUAUGUUUUAAAUGUAUGGAAUAAACUAUUUUAAUAUAAGACUUGGGAAAUUUAACUUUGCUUAUGUGUGUUCGUUAUCCUGGAAUAUUAGUAGUAUCAGAGUUAGUUGACAUAACAACAUCUUUAUUUGAAUGAGACCUUUGUAAUUUAGUUCAGUUCUGACUUGAAUAUUUUCCCCUAAAAAUAGAAAUUGUAACUGAAAAUAUUAUUUUCUUUUCUUAAAGAACUUUGGAGUUCCUAAGGUAUGUAUAUUACAAAAGUAUGCUUUCAAAAUAUUACUAUAAGAAAAUGUCCUUAGUAUGUUAUUAAACGCUAAUGAAAAAUGUCAAAAUACUGAAAAUACAGAUAAGAAUUCAGGGGGAAAAACACAGUAAAUUAACAGUUGUCUGCCUUCCUAACUGUGUAAUGUUAAAUCAAUUUACAGAAGUAUGUAAAAUAAAAAAAAUAAAUAAUGAAGUUGAAGAA